AGGAUUUUCACUUGUUCCGUGCAACAUCUCAUUUGAAGACUCGUUUACCAAGGAGCUAUAGCCUGCGACUAAGAGGGGGAAAGGUAUCUGGACUUCCCAGCUGACUGAGAGACCAGGCAGUGUUGUCUUCCCUACCAGUAGACUGAAUAACCAGACCAGACCAGACCAGACCAGACCAGGCAGUGCUCCCAGUGUAUCUGGACUGGACCAGGGACUAGUUGGCUUCAGUGACUGGACUUUGCAGUGUUACCAUCAGUAUUGGACUAUAUAAACUGUAUUUGGACUGACUGACCAGCUCCAGUGAUCCUCCCUCCUUACCUCCCAGCAGAAAACAUGACCCCUCAGACCCUUUAAACCCAGACCCCUCCAACAGCCAGUCCACAUGGACACCACCUCCACCCACUGGCAGCAAGGCAUCCUGGGUAACGACAGUCUCAGCCUCCACCUCGACCGGCCGGGGUUCCACUCUGACAUCACCAAGCAUGUAGGAGUCCAGGCUGCUUUGAUCACGGCGUAUAGUCUGAUCAUCUUACUGGGCCUAGUAGGCAACGCCCUAGUCAUCUACAUGAUCAUCCGCUUCCGGAACAUGAGGACAGUCACUAACUUCUUCAUAGCUAACCUGGCCCUGGCCGACCUGCUGGUGGAUACGUUGUGCUUACCGUUCACACUGGUUUAUACCUUGCUCGACGAGUGGAAGUUUGGCGCGGUGCUGUGUCACAUGGUCCCGUUCGCCCAAGCGCUGAGCGUUCACGUAUCGAUCCUGACGCUGACCGUCAUCGCUCUGGAGCGCUACAGGUGUAUCGUGUUCCACCUGGGCCAGCGCCUCACCUGGCGAAGCAGCCUGCUCAUCAUGGCUCUCACCUGGACGCUGUCCUCCAUGCUGGCCAGCCCGCUCGCCAUCUUCAGAGAGUACCGUCAGGAGGAGAUCCCGUCCAUCAACCUGAGGAUCUCAGUCUGCUAUGAGAAGUGGCCUUACGGCAGCAGCAGAGAUGGAGUCAUUUACAGCCUGUCUAUGUUACUGCUGCAGUACGUGCUGCCACUCUCCAUCAUCAGUUAUGCCUACAUCUGCAUCUGGGUGAAGCUGAAGAACCACAUGAGUCCAGCGAGCCGCGUCGACGCCGUCCAGCGCAGGAAGAAGACCACCAAGAUGCUGGUUAUGGUGGUUGUAGUCUUCGCCACAUGCUGGCUACCCUUCCACGUGUUUCAACUAGCCAGUGACCUAGACCUGGUGCUCAGCUUAAGACAAUACAAGCUCAUCUAUACCCUCUUCCACAUUGUAGCCAUGUGCUCCACCUUCGCCAACCCGCUCCUGUACGGCUGGAUGAAUAAGAACUACAGGAAUGGGUUCCUCAUGGUGUUCAGGUGUGAGGAUAAACCAGACAGUAUUCACCCUGAGGGAUCCUUUAGGACCCGGUCACUAAGAAGGAUGUCUCUGAACAGGAGGAACGGAGGACACCCUCCUACUGCCGUCUGAUUGGUUGAUUGAUUUGCCGUCUGAUUGGUUGAUUGAUCUGCCGUCUGAUUGGUUGAUUGAUCUGCCGUCUGAUUGGUUGAUUGAUCUGCCGUCUGAUUGAGGCUGCUGUAUGGAAUGAUAUUAGCACCAUUAGAAAGAGAAUCUGAGGCUGCUGUAAAAAAAUCAAAAAUAAGCCUUGUGAACCAGAACGGCCCAUAGGGCAGGAGUACAUCUCCUGUUUCUGUAGAGUG